GCAUCAGGUCCCCCUCAUUAAUAACCUCAGUCAUAAAUAGCUACAGUAUCUACUAUGAAGCUGCCAAGAAGGACAGUGUUCACUCUGGUUCUCCUCUCCAUCACCCUCUAUCAAUGUGCUCAGUCUCUUUCCAUCCGACAAAAUGCUCGUCUUCAACAGAAAACCGUGACAACAUGUUCUGGAGCUGGGUAUAAAGAUGGGUGUUGCAUUUCUGGGAACACCAACUGUUUUAUUGCCAAGGGUAGCUGUUACUGCGAUGUCACCUGUCAUGACUUUGGUGACUGCUGCGAAGACAUUGAGGCCAUUGGUUGUCUUGCACCUGGUACCACCACGACAGCCUCUCCAACCACCACAGCUGUCUCUCCAACCACCACUGCCUCUCCAACCACUCCAACCACCACCGACAAUCAACUAGGUUGCACCUGUGCUACCACAGCUGGCGUGACGUGUAGUGAUGCAAAUCUCUCUCCUGGUUGCUGUGUUUGCACUAAUAGUGACCAGGCAGAGUGCUACGUUCCUGGAGGGAGGUGUCAUUGUGAUGCACAGUGCUUCUUCUUUGGAGACUGCUGUUCUGAUGUGCCCUCUUCGCCCCAGUGUUUUAAAAAAGACAAGUGGAGGUUCACAAAAAAGUAAUCAAGCUGCUUGAUAGAAGAAAAUACUUUAUGCUGGACUAAGUAGCUAUAUGAUUUAUAACUUGUAGAUUUAUAUGUUUCAUUAUGAAUAUUUUGUACACAAUAAAGAUUUUGUGUAUACUGAAAAUUGAAGGUUUUGUUAGGAUGCUUGAAAA